CGCAUAAUAAUAAUAUUUACUUUUUAGAAGGAAAUUGCUUUUCUAAGUGUAAAGAGUGAGCUAGAAAAAUGGGGAGUAUGGCGAACCCUCUGUUGUUAUGGUUUGCAGGCUACUCAAACGUUACCUCCAUUGUUGUUAUAAUCCUUUGCUUUUUGGCAAUGACCGUUUUUAUUUCGCUUUAUAGAAUUGAUUUGAAUGGGCAGUCUGUUACUAAAACUGGUGUGGAACAGACAAACAUGGUGAAAGUCUGUAAUCCUUUUUUUAUUCGUAUAGAGGAGAGAAGCAAAAAACUUGCAGAUGGAAUAAAACUGCACCUGUCUAGUUUGUGCCCAGGCAAAGUAUUUGUUCUGUGGGGUGCUAAAAUUAAUCCAGUCCAUGAUUUUAUGCUUAAACCUGGACACCACAUCAGACAUGAACUGGAAUACAAGCAAACUGAAGACUAUUCUUCUUUAGAUCCACUAUUUUGUGAUACCCUAGAGUUGAGUACUGCUGGAGGGCAUGAGAUAAACCUGCCAUGUCCAGCAAGUGUCACCAGCGAUGUACUUGGUGAUAUGCCUAGAAAACGCUACCCAGUCACUGUGUUCACUGUUGCCCCAAAGUGUGAAGAUGAAAAUGUAGAUGAUAUUGAAGAAGAUGACAAAAUGAAUUCAGUUAUAGGUCUAAUAUCAAUAAUUCACCUUCAAGAUGACAAAGUUGUGCAAAAGUCCAAUAUUAUAGGAAAUUAUGUGAAAACAUAUGGAGUUCAACUGUACUCAUUACAGCCUCUUUUUCUGUCAAAUGACACAAAAACUGAGCAUCCGGUGACUCAAGUCCAAGAUGUAGCUGUUGUACCUGAUACAACUGUUGUACCUGAUGCAACUGGAUGUGCAGAUGAGGCUGACAGUGUAACAACAGCUGAUCUACCUGCCAGUCCAGACUCUACAUUGCAGCCAUCAGAAAAUCCUGGUCACAGUAAAAGAAAUCAUAGUUGCCUAGCAACAGAAGCAGCCUCUACUGCAGAACUGGAACACACAACAGGGGAACAUACUCAUCCUGAAUGUGUAGUGUGUCAAACUAGGCCAGUCAUGUGUGCUCUUUUGCCAUGCAGACAUGCCUGUGUUUGCUUAGGUUGUUUUAAACUGCUGGACAAGUGCCCCAUGUGUAGAUCAGUGCUGCAGUCUUACUUCCUGCUUGAUGAGUGUGAGGAGGAUGAGAGCUCCCUCCAUGACUUCCAACACCAGGCUAUCAAUGCACAUUUUGACAGCCUCUGGGAGAGGAUUAACCUCAGACUCAAUGCAUUUUUUGGAUUCAGGUAACAAAACAGUGGUAUGUUCCAGGCUAUCAAUGCACAUUUUGACAGCCUCUGGGAGAGAUGCAUUUUUUGUAUCCAACAAUGGAUAUGAUGGACAUUGUUAUUUUAACUGGCUACUGGACAUAACAAAAAAAUGCCGAUACUUUCUGUCAGUAAAACUUUGUGAUAAACUAUUGUGAUAAUUUUUUUUUAAUUUUGCUAUUGGAUUGUUAGUUUGGAAUUUCUUCAAGCAGUUAAAUAGUUGAUCCUUGCUUUAACUUUUAGUUGGUUGUUAGUUGGUGGUUUUUCAAGCAGUUAAAUAGUUAAUCCUUGCUUUUUAAGUUAAAACAUUUCUUACUUCUAAACAACACAACUUUGUUAACUGUAAUUUUUUUUUUAAAGAUAACCAGUCCAACAUACACAAACUUUCAAUCAUUAGCAAGCAUAAUUCUAAAUGUUUUUAAAUCUACAAUUCAAGAAUCUUACACCUAUCAUACAAAAAUGGUUAGUAGUGGUCAACUGCUUUGUAGGCCGAUAUGUAAAUAUAUAUGUAGUAGAUCUGUAUGAUUGAUGUAGUGUGAAAAUCUUGUCUCCUCUCUCUAUGCUUGUAUUGAAACCAUUUUAACCAGACAGGGUGUUCUUAUGAUUACUAUUUGUACUUUUGUGAUCACAGAUUUAUUUGAACAAAACUAGAUUUAGUGAGUUGAGCUGUAUUUUUAGUUUAUCAUUUUUUCCUGCCCAAGACAAAUAGGGCAGAUGAAGGGAUAGUGUGGUCAGCACUAUGCCCAGCAACCUUGAUUUCCCUAACACAAGUUAGGUACCUAUCAGAGUUAGGUAGACUCAGAGAUGUCCUACAGGCUCUAGCCCAGGAUCCAGAUUGAAGACUUUCUUAAAAUAUAAAAAAAAACCUAAAAUUUACAUUUCAUUACCAGAUUCUCUUAUGGCCAUUAAAAAAGCUACAUAUAUAUUUUCAAGUGAGAGUAAGUUAUUAUAUUUUAAAUGAUGCAUUUACGUAUUUAAAGAAAAGUUUUAACCAUGG